UAAUAUACACAAGUUUUAGAUCGUCAUUUACUUUUGCUCUAAUCAAUUUUGGUAGGCUAAACUUUCGAAUAGAAAAUGGGUGUAUUCACUGGAUUUGGUAGCUGGAUCAAUCAGAACAGUCAAGAGCCUCUUAAGGCCGAGUCCAAGAGAUCUGAAAAUGGCGAAUCUAAGUCGGCGUCAGAGAAAGACACUAAUAAUGCUCCUGCUAAGAAGAAGAAGAAGGUGGUGAUAUAUUAUGAUGAAAAAGAGGACAGGAGACAAGAAAGACUUUGGCAUAAAGCAGAGAAGAAGCAUCCAUGGCAUAAUCCACCUCCCAAGAUCAAGGUGACAAAUAAGAAGGGUCUUUACCAUAUGAACAUAGAAUUGACCGUGGGAACGACUCCUAAUAUUGUCUACUACGUGUUGACUGAUCCAAAAGGCGGUCCGUUUUUCGAUUAUAAGAAGUGGCGCGACAUAAUGAAAAACACAUCAAGAAAGGUUUUGAAGGAGAAUGGUCCGAAGCGGGUCAUCAUGGUGGAGAAAGCUUUGGCUUAUUACAUCCUUUCGCUGACGACUAUAUCUAUCCCGAUACAUCUAACUAUGGAAGAAAACAGAAAAGAUCUUACGACAAAUUAUAAGAAAGGGAAAGUAAUAUUGAUGAAAGAGUUCCACGGCAACUAUAAAGUCGAGCCUAUAUAUGUAGAUCAAAAACGGUUGUGCAAAAAGAGGCUACCAAAGAGUCCAGAAGAAUAUAAAAAAUGUAGCGGUGGCCAAGGAAGGAUUGGGUCAAAAUUGACAAUAAACCACUACUUCCAGCCAUAUCGUCCAUUUAAUAUACCGCCGCUUUCUUGGUUCAUCCGUGGGAACACCAUCAAAACCUCCAAAAAAUUGCUCAACGGGAUUCAGGACCUGGCUUCGUCUUUUCGAGGGGCAGAGCCACCCUCAGAAGAAGACAUGGAAGCGAGUGAGAUAGAUACUGUCGAAGUACAUAGUUUUUUGAAAAUAUAGAAGAUUGUUAGCAAACAUACAAAAACUGUUUAUCGCGUACUAUUGAUUAUUUUGGUAUCGACUACCACAGCUGAAAAUUGUUUUUUUUUUUUUUUAAGUUCAAACUACUAAAAGUUAUUUCUGUUUUUAACAUAUCAUAAGAAAAAUUAGAUGGACUUGAUUUGUUAUCAUUUGAAACAAUAAUCGUUCAACUAUUUAAUUGCACUCCAAUGAUUAUGCAAGAAAAAAAUACAAAAACUAUAUGUUAGUGUUUUUAAAUUUAGAUUUUUUUGUAAACAGUUGAUGAGAUUCGACUGUUUUAUAAAAAAAAUAUUAUUUUUCUAUUUUUAUUGUUUAAUAAUUUUAUAUAAAUAUAUAAAACAACAGUUUUUAAAUUGGUUUAGCCGUUUACGCAAUGUAAAAUGUUAGACAGCUACACUUACGAAGGGCUACGUAGCAUACGUAGGGGAAGACAUGAAGAAACAAACAUGGAAAAUAUUAGCUUUGUUCAAAUAUUGGAGGAAACAAUUGAAAGAACAAACACAUGAUUAAUUUAAAAGGCCCGCUAAAGAAUUAUCCACACUUCUUCCACUUGCUCUAAUUUGACAUCACCAUCAUGCCAAACGGAUGAGUGCUUGGAUACCUAUCGAAGUAGAGUCAAAAUAUUUCAAACUUUUUAAUAUUUUGGUUUAAAAUUUAUUAACCCAUUUAAAUAUUUUUUGAUAUUUGGAUCAGAGUCGGUUCAGUAAACUUAGGAUUCGAAUAUGUUUGGUUAUAUCUGAACUUUGUAUUAAAAUAUUAAAAAUAUAUAAACAAUUUUUUUUUAAUUUGAACUCUGGUCCCCGUGGUUUAAUGUACAACUCACAGCAGCAACAUUCCUCUAUGGGAAACAGCUACGAGAGCCAAAUUAAGGGGUCAUCAAAUGCAAUCUAAUGACUCUGCUAUCUGUAUGUAAAGCUUCUUGAGAAGGUAACCCUUAGGACAGCAUUAACGAGAGAUCUUAGCUGGGUUCUUAGAGCAUGAUUAUCGAUGUUUUUAACUGGGGUUUUUAAUGCAAUUAUGAUUAAAAAUAAAUCAAAAUUAGCUAUUAUUAGAAGAGACGUUUGUUAAUUGAAGACAAGAAGAGACGUCUCUUGUGAGACACGUGUCUCUCAUGGAGAGAGUUUCCCCUUCUUCUCUCAACAUCUCUCUCUCUCUCGAAGGAAGCUUGAUCGGUGGGAAGAAGCAACCGGAGAAGCUGUUGACGAAGUCAUCUUCCUCAGCCGUCACACUGCCGUAAAUCCACGUCUUUCUCGCCGGGAACCACGACUUCCCCUUCGCGGCGUUUCUGGGUCUGUUGCCGCGUCCUUCGGAUGGAUCUAAGUUGAAGGAAGAAGACGACGAUUUCCUCGCUGCCCUUUGCUUCGAUCAAAGAAAUGGAGGUGAAGAUCCUUACGCAUUUAUACAGACAGAACAUGGCAACCUCUUUCAGGAUUUUGGGUCAUCAUCUGGUGUGAAUCUGCAGCCAGAGCAAGAAUCUUAAUGUUGCUGUGUUGGUAUGAAUCUGCAGCCAGAGCAAGAAUCAUCAUCGGAGACGGCAUGUAAGUUCAAUCUAAGCUUACUUAGUGUUGCUGUGUUGGUAUGAAUCUUAGUGUAUAAAGUCUGAGUCUUUAUGGUCACUUGAAAGGAUCAUGAUUUAGUAUAGAAUCUUUUGCUCUGUUUUUUUGUUCAUAUGCUGAGGAUUGAUGUGAAAGUUUCUUGCAUUAUCGACAUGUGUGUUCUUUUUCUGCUGUUAUGACAUACGUUCAAGCUGUUUAAGGCUAUCUGAUGAAAGUACUUCAGAGGCACUUGCUGUUAGGAGGUUGCUCGGUCAUCGCUUACCUACUGAUGCACAUAAGGCGAAGAAAGAUUGGUAUGAUAUCGUGGAAGGUAACCCUUCUCUAUGGGAUGGUGUAGCAAGGAUCUUUUUCUAGUCUUUAGACGCUGCCAUCUUUCUGUUUUCACGUGUUUCAGAGAUUCCUUGCGACAGUGUGGUCCUCUUUGUGAUAUUAACCAACGAUAGGCUCACAGUAGGAUGUGAAUUACAGGAUGGGAAGAGUUGCAUUGCCUUCUCCUAUUGCGAAACCAGAUACUCUUCAAGGAGAUGAUGUUGAUGAUACAAUCACUUGUCUUUUGACUCAAGUAAUUUCGAGAGUUUUAAAAUCUUUAUUUUUAUGUUUUUAUUUUAAAAUCAAUGUUUAAAAUGUUAUUUUUUGCUAUGUUUUAAAGAAAAGUUUAAGUUUAAUAAGAAAAAUAAAAAAUUUUGGUAUUUAAUUAAAAAAUUUUUUUAAGAACCCUUAAUUAAGAGACUUGCAUUGGAACACAUAAAUUUCCGGGUCUCUUAAUCCAGUCUCUUAAUUCACUUUUACAAAUAAAAAAUAUUAAAAAAAAAUAAGAGACCCAUUUAGGGUCUCUAGGUUAAUGGUGCUCUUAGGUAAAAAGGUGUGUGUGGGCCCCACCAAAUUUUAAAAAAACGCCUCUUACGGUUACCAAUUAAGAGGCGAUUGUUGGUGAGUUUUUGUACUGUUCGUGUACCCCACUGACACGUGGCAGCCCGCGAUUGGUUAGUUUUUAAUUUUUUUUUAAAUUAGACAAAAAUAAUAAUAAUAAUAAUAAUAAUAAUAAUAAUAAUAAUAAUAAUAAUAAUCUCAAAUGGGGUUUUAGGAUUAUUGGGGGUUCUUAGGGUGAGUUUCUUAGAGCAUCUGCAUCGCGCGUCUCUACGCGUCUCUAAAAGGGGGGUACGAUUUUGCAAAAAACGGUAUACAAAGUGUGCACAAUAAGAAACGUGUGCUGUGUGUCUUUUGCACUGUUCGCGGGCCCCACCGACACAUGGCGGCCCGCGAUUGGUGCGCUUUUUCUUUUUUAAUCAGAAAAAAAUCUCUUAUAUACUAAAGCGCAAGUCGUCUAACGAGUAAAAAUCUGACACAUGGCAAAACUUUAUAAACAAAACAAAAAAAAACAAUUAAUUUUUUUUAUCCUAUUUUUCUGCAAUCCAAAUUUUUAACUGUUCAUAUUCCUAUUUCUUCUUUGAAAACUAAACCCACGUUAACCUUUUUUUUUUUUUUUGGGCUAAAAUAGCAACGUUGAUUACAUAUUUUGAAACUGUUUUCUUCAUCUCCUUAUCCUAUAUAAGUUGCAAACCCAAUCUACUUUUUUCUACAUUGUCUCUCUCACAAACAAAAUUCAUACUCCGCUUCUUCAAUAUUUUUUUUACUUUUCAUUUGUUGUUGAAUUAUCAAAAUAAAGAACCGGAUCAAGUUAUCAAAGGAAGAGGUAAAUCAAGUUAUCAAAGGAAGAAGUAAAUAUUUAAUCAAGUUAUCAAAGGAAGAAGCAAAUGUUUCAUUGUUAUCAAUCUUAUGUUUCCUGCAACAAUAAUAUAACGUGUACAUUAUCAAUCUUAUCCAUGUUCAACCAUAAUCAGUAUGGAGAGAACAAAUCUUAAAGAAGAUGACAAGAACCUGCAACUCUGCUCAACCAUCUCAAGAUUCGAUGAAUCAUCGAGAAGACAAAACGUGAGAUAAAUGUGCGUAGAGGGUGAAACGUGAGAUAUAGGCCGGGUUCAAGAGAUCUGAAAAUGUCGAAUCCAAGUCGGCGUCAGAGAAAGACACUAAUAAUGAUCAUGCUAAGAAGAAGAAGAAGGACGUCGUAUAUUAUGAUUAUAAAGAGUUGAUGAGACAACGAGGGCUUUGGUAUGAAGCAGAGAAGAAGCAUCCGUGGUAUGAUCCCCCUCCCAAGAUCAGGGUGACAAAUAAAAAGGGUCUUUACCAUAUGAACAUAGAAUUGACCGUGGGAACAGCUCCUGAUACAGUUUACGACUUGAUGAUUAAUCCAAAAGGCGGUCCGUUUUUCAAUAGGGAGAAGUGGCGCGAUCUAAUG